AUGACUGAUCUUACUCCACAAUUCAAUCAAUGUGUUGACAUUGUAACGUCAGAAUUUCAUGCCCGACCCAAGCAACAACACCGCCUGGACGAAGCGCAAUACAAAUUAAAGGACACGUUCUAUAAAGAAUCUUUUGAGUUUUACCAAGUAUUAGUAAACCUCAAUGCGUUUAUAUCCAGCAUCAAGACAGACUAUCUUGCCAUCUCAGAGUCUAAAGCAAGCUCAAUGACAAAGGAUAAGAUUGAUGAAGACUUUAAUGUCAAGAUCCAACAAUGUUUCAAGAAAUUAGCAUUGCUUGAAACCUAUGAGACAAAACGUCAAGAAAUGGUACUGCAGAAUUUACCCAAACGAUGGUUCUCUUUUGGCUUUGGAGAUGAUGGUGAGGAUGCUGCCUCUGAACAAGUCUUGUAUUUUGAUACUAUAGCCAAGCAUAGAAUGCAGAUUUUGCGGUUUCUAAUGGAGAGUUUGAAUUAUGUGAGUAAGAAAUUUGAAACCAUGCAACGGAAGCGAGCAUCUAGAGAAAGACAACUCAACCUGUUGGAAUUUCAAAAUAUUGAUGAUGAUGAUGAUGACGACUACGCUGACAAUAAUGUUGAUGAUUUGAAUUUGAAUGAAAGCGAGAUAUUUACAAAUUUAGAAAAGAUUCAACAAAAUGUGGAAGUGGAACAAGACCAGGAGGAUGAAAAUGUGCCGCCAACGUUGAGUCAACAGCAGUUACAAGAAUUAGAAGUAGAGAACAAAGAAUUGUUGAAUAUGAAAAAUACUCAGUUGAAACAAGUCGACAAGAUACAACACUCAAUUUUGGAUAUCAUUAACAUUCAGAAUGAGUUGAGCUUUAAAUUACAAGAGCAAGGAGAUCUGAUUAACAAUCUCAUUGAUGCUCAUUCGGAAGUGGAGAUGGAAGUUACGGCAGGAAACAAAACAUUGAACAAAGCAACGAAGAAGAACAAAAGAGGUGCAAACUACCUUGUUGUCAUAUGUAUAGCUUUAGGCUGUCUUUUGGUCAUUAUAGAUUUUUUGAAAUUUAUAUAA